UAUUACCGUUUAAAAUGAUAACAAUGUUUAUCUUAUUACGCGGUCAUUGUAAUGAAGUCUAAUCUCAAUUUAUUACUGUUUAUAUAUUAAUGUUUAUAUUAUAUACAUACAGUAAACAUUUUGAGUAAAUGCUUAUUAAAUAUGUGUUGGACGAUAUCAGUACUUAAGCGAAUAUCAAGGAUCCAAGUGAAGCGACAAUUAAACACAAUGAGCAGUAAAAAAAUAGCAGUAUGUCAAAUGACAUCCGUAGCUGACAAAGUAGCGAAUUUAAAUGUUGUUAGUCAAUUGGUAAGGGACGCUGUUAAAGAAAAUGUUGAGGUGAUAUUUUUUCCAGAAGCAUGUGAUUUUAUCUGUGAUAACAAGCAAGACACAAUAAAUUCAGCCGAAUCAAUAUUAACUGGUAAUACUGUUAAGAAGUAUAGGGAGUUGGCGGCUCAGCAUAAUGUCUGGCUGUCUAUGGGCGGAGUGCAUGAAAAGGAUGAAAAUAAUCCCAAGAAACUCUUCAAUACACAUAUAAUAAUAAACAACAACGGUGAUAUAGUUCAGACAUAUAGAAAGAUACACUUAUUUGACGUAGAAAUACCGGAGAGGAAUAUACGGUUGAAGGAAAGUGACUUUUGCACCCCAGGCAAGCAGAUUGUGGCACCCGUUGACUCGCCUAUCGGCAGGAUUGGUCUAUCUAUCUGCUACGACAUGCGUUUCCCAGAACUGAGCACGGCUUUAAGUAUAAUGGGUGCUGAGAUUCUAACUUACCCAUCAGCUUUCACUUAUGCUACUGGGUCAGCCCAUUGGCACGUUUUGUUGAGAUCGAGAGCGAUAGAAAAUCAAUGCUACGUGAUAGCGGCCGCACAGACCGGUAACCAUAAUGCGAAGCGUCGGUCCUAUGGGCACGGCUUGUGCGUUGAUCCCUGGGGCGAAGUCCUAGCUGAUUGCGGGGACUCCAGUCCUAAUUAUGCGAUCGCGGAAAUAUCGGACAAAAUAGUGAAUGUCAGACGGAACAUGCCAGUGUUUCAACAUAGACGACCGGAUGUAUAUUCCCUCUACACGUUAAGUUUACGCAACACACUCCCCGAAGAGCAUUCGGAACAGAUUACCCCGACCGCGACUCAAACCCAACACACAACAUCUGGGCCGGUUAAUAUAUUCGGACACGUGAAAGUUCCCGAAUCGUGUGUCUUCUAUAAAUCGGGUUUGACGUACGCAUUCGUUAAUCUGAGGUGUGUCAUCCCAGGCCACGUGCUGGUGGCUCCGAUACGUGUCGUGGAACGCAAUAAGGACUUGACUGAUGAUGAAGCCGAUGACUUCUAUAGAACUGUUAGAUUGGUCCAAAAUCUUAUGGAGAAGGUUCAUGAGACGCAAUCUUGUACCGUCACUAUACAGGAUGGUCCAGACGCGGGGCAGACAGUCAAGCACCUACAUUGUCAUAUAAUGCCGAGGAAGAAAGGAGAUUUUAUUGAAAACGAUUUAAUAUAUUUGGAAUUAGCUAAGCAUGAUCAAAUUAGACCCGGUCAUCCAGCAAAACCUGCUAGAAGUUUAGAGGAUAUGGAACAAGAAGCGGCGAUGUUGAGAGAAGAAUUGAAGAAGAUGACAAAUGACAGAUAAUUGUUAAACGAUAUAGAAUUUUAUUGUUAUGUAAAUAAAGGUUACAAUCGUGUACAUUUUGAUAGGAUUAUAAAAUUUUUAU